UAUAUAAGGCACUAAGCUCUUGAUAUUUAGAGGCAAACCGUACGUCAGUUCUAAGUUCCGAGAGAGGAGGAUUGCAACAACCUCGAAGCUAGUUCAAACUAGUGGGAGGUUGUCUGCAGAGGAAAUUAAACAGCCACCAAAUUUUUGUAUCAGCCAUAUAUAUACUCAUACAUAUAUACAGUUCAACUUUUGAUAUAUCGAUUGCUCGAUAUGGCUCGCGGAAAGGUUCAGGUGAAGAGGAUCGAGAACCCGGUGCACAGGCAAGUUACUUUCUGCAAGCGCCGAGCAGGGCUCCUGAAGAAGGCUAAGGAGCUGUCUGUGCUGUGUGAUGCUGAGAUUGGAGUUUUCAUUUUCUCCUCCCAAGGAAAGCUCUUUGAACUAGCCACCAAAGGAAGCAUGCAAGGGCUUAUUGAGAGGUACAUGAAGAUGAAGCCCACCCGAGCACCUCAGACAGAGCAAACCAUGGAAACACAAACUCUGGAUGCGAAAAAGGAGAUUAACUUGAUGAAACAGGAGAUUGAAAUACUACAAAAAGGUCUCAGGUAUAUAUUUGAUGGAGGUGCUGGGACAAUGACUUUGGAUGAACUACAAGUGCUUGAAAAACAUCUUGAAACGUGGAUUUAUCAUGUCCGCUCGGCAAAGAUGGACAUAUUGUUCCAAGAGAUCCAGCUGUUGAGGAACUCGGAAGGAAUUCUGGCAGCUGCAAAUAAGUAUCUUCAAGAUAAGAUUGAAGUGAACACUGGAGCUAAUGACUUUAUGCCAAUAGCAACUGACAACACAUAUCCACUAACCAUACCAAAUGAUAUAUAUGAGUUUUAGAGAAGUAACUAUGCUUUAUAUAAUGGUUUAGUAUUCUUAUUGCCAAGUGUGUGGUGUGGUUUAAAAAUUUUCAUAAAUAAAUGUUACUAAGAAUCAUCCAGCUAUCUAUGGCUGACAAUAUUGCAUGCAUAUUGUUGUAUUGUACAAUAUGGUAUUGCUAUUGAAGUGCAUUGUAAGGUAAUUUAAUGAUAUGCAUAAUAUUAUGGUGUGA